GUUGCCAUCGUGAACGCCUACAUUGUCUUCCGUGAGGCGCAAAAGGAAAGCACUGAGAAGCCUGUGCCGCGCGCUGAGUUUCUGAUGGAGCCGCAUGCUGCGUUGCUGGACUUGCCAGAGAGCGACUUCGCCGAACAAGUAAGUUUUCCAUGUUAUGGUGAUGUGCUUUCUCCGUUGCCACGGGGCCACGAGCGCCAAGAAUGGCCAGAGUACCAGUAUGUCAAUGGGAUACGCAAACGUUGGCAGCGUCACUACAAGGUCUGCCCCGUUCUGAAGCGCCGGUUUGGAGAGCGUCGCGCCACGAAGUACUACUGUGCUGUCUGCAGCAAGUCGGACAAAGCUCGCAUGUAUCUAUGUAACAAAAUUUGGCCACAACACUAUCCUGGAAACGCCAUGAGCUGUUACCAGAUCUGGUACCACAAGCGGGAAAAUGGAACGAAGCGCCCGAAGCCGCGGUGCGGGCGAAACUUUCAAAGUCGAGAGGCAGGCGCUAGCAAGACCGCCGGAAAGCGCAAGCAUCAAGCCAAAGCAACGAGGGGGAAGAUAGCGAGGAGGCAGCUGCACACAGCAGCAGCAGCAACGUCGAAGGAGAUGUAA